AUGGGGCCAGAACAAACUGUGGACGUCAAUCAUGAUUUCAGUGCGGGUCACAUCGUCCCCAUCCCGGAGAUCCACGAGGUACUCCACUCGGGGUCUGCCAAAACAUAAACAUUGUCUGGAUGGAGCUCCGAGGAUGACUCGGCCUUCGGCUGUUUGUUUUUCAGGAGAACGGGGAUCCCCCCGGAGCCGGAGAGAAGUUUACGCCGGCGCACGGAAGACAUCCGGACCUUACCGUGGAGAUACCCUCGACGAAUUCAGAGGACUCCGUUUCGAAUCAUGUGAGGAUACGCAUGCCGCGGACCCCCAUGUCCGUCGUCUCCAACAAGUCCAGCAGGACACCCAGAGGAGGCAGUAGCCCGUGGUCUUUGAGGAUAGGCGCGUCCCCUGGUCGUCCAUCUCCAUCGAGAGGGAGUCCGUACGUGAGGAGGCUGCUGCAGAGUUUUAGCUCCAGGCUCCGGGGCUCCCCCGCCUCGGAAUCCAGGAGGAAGGGGGAGGGGCCUUCGCUCUCAUCGGCAGAUUCAGUAAAGCAGGGGAGCUCGCCUCUCUUCGGGUCAUUGGCCUUCACGAAGGUAGCUGCAGCCCCAGCCGCGGGGCCUUCGUCGCUACCUGUCACCCCGGUCGAGAAGGUAAGUCGAUGCCGUGACGAAACCAGAGCAUGAUUCUGCCUCAGUGACUGAGUUUGUUGUGCACAUCUAUCUAUCUAUCUAUCUAGGCGUCAUUAUUGCGAAGAAUGCCAAUUCCCUGGAUGAUGAAUGAGCCCAUCUGGUGGCCCUUCUGAUUUCUAUCGCGCGGUGGCGAAGUGACAGAGGAGGGAAGCCUCCUCUGUCGUAGCCUCGACCUUGAAAUUUUCCUGGCCAUCCCCAUGGUUUCUGCCUCUAAGGCGGCGGCGGCGGCGGCGGCGUCGUCGUUUUCUCAACUUUCAUACGCAUACUAAUGUUUACCAAAAAUCCACAAUUUUUACUCGGCAUGCAAUUUCAUUGAAAAACAAAAUUAUACGCCGGGCCGUCAGAAUUAGAACCAUUAAACCGAUGAUGGGCUGUUCCUCGCUCGCUGGCAGGUUUCCAGACGGCGUCUGGCUCGUUCAUUCUCAGCCCCCCUGAACGGCAAGCUGAUAAACAUGAGGACGGUGGAUUCUUCGGGGGCAAUCUUCCGCAUAGUUCCUUCGACUCCAAGAGCAGCGGAUGGCUCCCCGAACAUACAAAAUGGUACAUCUCCCCUUCCUUUCGUCUUCUCCUGUUCUUUACAUCGACUCCUGACUCGCGGCGAUGCAUCCAAAACGGUCCCGGCGCCGGCUGGGGGACUUCGCCCCAUCCCUCACGGUUGCCUGGACUACGCCGCUAAAAAGCUGCGAAAGAUAACCUACGGUUCAUCUAGUUAUAUGAUUCAGAGGACAGCGUUCACGGCGAGGAUAUUCCCGAAGAAGAGGCCGUGUGCCGAAUCUGCUUGACGGAGCUGGCAGAAGGAGGUGAGACCCUGAAGCUGCAGUGCAGCUGCAAGGGCGACCUCGCCCUGGCCCACCGAGAAUGCGCGGUGAAAUGGUUCACCGUGAAGGGCAACAAGAACUGUGAAGUCUGUAAGGAGGAGGUCCAGAAUCUGCCGGUCAUGCUCCUGCGUCUGCCGAACGUCCCGUCGGACGGUGCAGUCCCGAGCGGUGAUCCUCAGGCCGUGGCGAGCAACCGUUGGCAAGUACCAGGAACCCUUAUUUUUUAAACCUUCAUACUUACUCGAUCUAAUCUAGCAUUUAAAAAGGUAGAGCAUUUUCGGGAGAGAGAGAGAGAGAGAGUAUAGGUGACAGAGACGGAGAUGGGUUUCGUUUCCUGGGCUCGUCCGCAUGCUGACGGCUCUUUUGCAGGAUGUGGACUCACCUCCCAAUUCUCUUCGUCGUAAGCGUGCUCGCGUACUCUUGCCUGCUCGAAAUUCUGGUGAGGCUCUUGCGUUUUACUUCCAUUUUCCUGCGUAAGUUAUUUCCUGGGGAGAUUCUUGAAACGGGACUCUCACCCGCUCCCGGCAGGUAGCGCGCAAGGGCUUGUUGGCGUCGGCCGUAUCGCUGCCGUGCUCCUGUCUGCUGGGUUUCCUGUCGUCCUUCACGUCGGCCGCCAUGGGUGAAGCUCGAUCACCUCGCUUUGCCGCAUUCAUGUUCAUUCAUUCCUUCAUUCAUGCAUGCAUGCAUGCAUUCAUUCAUUUGCUGGGGCGGCUAACUCAACCCUUCUUGCUUGUUGCAGGGAGCACGGCCCGAGCCAUGUAUCUCUACGCCGCCGUCCAGUUUGGGAUGGUGGUUCUCUCCGUGUAUAUUUUCUUGUCCCUGGUAAGGCUGCCUCGCUGCCGUGUAUGAUGAGCCCCCUCCCUCCCUCUCCAUCUCGCCGACGUUCUUUCGGGGCCUCCUCAUUUUCCACGUGCCUUCUCCUCACCCCCAACCCCCUUCCCCCUUCCCCCUCCUCGGGGGUGGUUGGGUGGGCUGUGGGGGGGAGCUGUCGCUGUGCAGUUCCGCAUGCAGGUGGUCGCCUCCAUCUUCCUCGCCACCUCGGCUGGGUUCGGCCUCGCGAUGGGCGGGAGGACGGUCGGCCCCCGUUUCAUCAAGUGGUGGAGGCGACGGCGCAGCCGGCCAACGGAGGGCCCUCUAAGUUCAUGAAUCAGUGCGGCGCGCGGAUCGGCGGCAUCUUCCGUUUUCCCGAGAGAGAGAUUGCACCUUCUCCUUCUCCUCCUCCUUCUCCCUCCGCCCCCCGCCCCCCCUAAAUUGUCGUUUUCCAUCGAUUUUCUAGGGAAAUGUAAUAAACAUCCACCUGGCGGCGAAUCGAGCAGCCCUCGUUUCCCUGGUCUGCAGUCUGUCUCUUUCAAGGAGCGAAGGACAUGUUUGUCUCUCAUUCCCUAAUACAAUCCCCGAGAUUGAUAGAAAACAAGAAGACGCCAUGCGUCAUAUGCUGCUGUAUGUAA